AUGCGGGUAGCAGCAACAGCAGCAGCAGCACGUGCAGCAUCAACAGCAACAAAAGCAGCAGCAGCAGCGGCAAUAGAAGCAACCGCAACAGCAGGAGCAAGGACAGCAACAGCAGCAGCAGCAGAAGCGAAAGCAGCAGCGGAAGCGACAGCAACAGUAGCAUCAGCAGCAAAAGCAACAGCAGCAACAGCAGAAGCAACAGCAGGAGCAGCAGAAGCAACAGCUGGCGUAGCAACGGCCGAAGCAACACCAGCAGCAGAAGCAGCAGCAGCAACAGGAUAA